CGGGGCUGUACCGAGCCGCCGAGCAGGGCGAAGGGGAGAACGGCCGCUGCACCACCAAGCUGGAGAGCAUGGGCUUCCGCGUCGGGCAGGGGCUGAUCGAGAGGUUUACAAAAGAUACAGCCAGGUUCAAGGAUGAAUUAGAUAUUAUGAAGUUCAUUUGCAAAGAUUUUUGGACAACUGUAUUCAAAAAACAAAUAGACAACCUAAGGACUAAUCAUCAGGGUAUUUAUGUUCUUCAAGACAACAAAUUUCGACUCUUGACACAAAUGUCUGCAGGAAAGCAGUAUUUAGAACAUGCACCAAAGUAUUUAGCAUUUACCUGUGGACUAAUCAGAGGGGGCCUAUCGAAUUUGGGAAUAAAGAGUAUUGUAACAGCUGAAGUUUCAUCAAUGCCUGCAUGUAAAUUCCAGGUGAUGAUACAGAAAAUGUAGAGCAUGUUCAAAUCCGGGUAUCUACCUUAAAAAUCCUCUGUCUAUGGUUUUGGUAUUUUGGUUUGGCUUUGUAUGUAGCGUGUAAAUUAUAGCACUGUGCAGCACAAUUCCAAGGUAUAUAAUAAAUAUUUGUUAAAAUAAUGCUGUUCUUGUAUCUUGGUAUGAAAUUAAUUCCGUACCAAGGUAUUAAUGUCUGUCAUGGUAAAACUGUCCUCUCAAAAGUUUCCAACAAAAGAUUUAUAGUACUAAAUCAAACAAUAGGCAGAUUUUAAGAACAGAGUAAAGUCACAAUGAAGACUCAGUUGGUAUAAUAAACAAAUGUGUUUUGUGUCACCUAAGAAAUGAGGCAGCAACUUUCCAUUAUUCUGAGGAAACAAUUAUUGCAUAAAUCAGCAGUCUUAAUUAACAGCAUUCAGUGGAAUAUAGAAAUGAUAUGAGCGGAUAAAGAUAACUUAUUUCUACAAAAAUAAAGGUAUAUCCUAUGCCUCUAAAAUUAAUGGUUGUUUGUUUUUGCAUCAGAAGAAUUGUACAGCUAAGGACAUCUACAACCAGCAAAGGCAAUUUGCUUUAGUUUAUUAUGCAUAAAUUCAGUGUUAGUUUUUUUUUUGUUUAAUUGCUAGCUAAACUCAGUUCUGUAAUGAGUGUGUGCAGCAAGAUGAUUAGGUCAGCAAGAAGCUAUAUAGACAUCAGCAAGACCCUAGAGGAGAUUGGGGGUUGCUGGAUACUACCUGUAACAACAUUUGUGUAACAAUAUGUAUCUUGCUUUUGGUAAGCAUGAAAAACAUCUCGUUUAAACUUGUAACAAGUUUUACUGCAAGACUUUUCUAUUGGCAGGGUCAAGUCUUACACUUUCAGAAAUGUGAGAACGUCCUGUGAUUGCAACUCAGUUUCUACUUUGAGACCAGCAAAUAACUGGCUAGAUGUAAAAAAUAAUGCACUAGAACAACAUUUUUGUCUGUUUUAACCAUCUUGUGUUGGAAUAAAUGUUUGUUGUCCAAGUGCAUGGACAACUUUUAUCUCCUAGAGUAGAUAAAAGUAACCAUGGUGCUUGGAGCUCUGUAGGGAUCAGAUGUAUGACUCAAAACACUGAGCACUUACACUGGUAGGUUACAGGAAGGUUGUGGUGGUUGUCCACCUGCACAAUUCAAGCUUCUCUGAAAUUGUAAGGUUAGAGAAUUAGCUGAUCACUAUUUUUCUUGAGUGCAUUUUGUGGGUGCUUCAGUUGCCAACUCAUGCUGUUUUUUAGAUGCUGUUAUUAAAGGGACUGACUUGCACUGCACCUCACAGAUGGACACUUCAGUGACGCCCACACAACUUGGUAGGCCAUUUUGUAAUUUCCUUCUCUAAAAUUAAAACUGGAGUAGUUUAUUUCAUUUUCACUUGACAGUUAAAAUUACUGUUCCACAUAAAGAAGUGCUAAUAAUUCUAAGUUACACUAUGGGCUUAAUCAUUAACUCAUGCUUAAUGAUAUGUCUUUUUUAAAUAGUGAGGAAUUGACAUCUGCUUCCUGUACAGUGUGAAAUUCAAUAUUGUCUAUCAGUCUGCUGUUACCAGCAGAAAUCAGAGUUCCUUUAAACUGGAUUUUCAACUGCUGAAGAUAACUAAAACCCAAUAGAAUCACCUACAUACAAAGCAGACACCAAUAUUCUUGGCAAAGCACUCCCUGUUCAAUAUGUUCAAUCAAAUAUGUGAGCUAACAUAUUUGUCAAGAUAUUAUACAGAAAAUAAAUUUCCCCUUUUUAUUUAAUAAA